AGAAAAAAGCUCGUCACGCCGGUUAUUUUUUCUCAGUUUCUUAUCGGACCACUCUUUCUUGCGCGACCACGGUUUGCUUCGUUCGUCUGACUCGGGAAUAUUCUUAAUUUUAUAUUUUUGUUUGUUUACAUCGGUGAAAAAUGGGAGUUACCGUAGAAACCACACAAGCAGGAGAUGGAACGAAUUUCCCAAAACCUGGUCAGACAGUUGAAGUGCAUUAUACAGGCACACUGACCGAUGGCAAGAAAUUUGAUUCAUCUCGAGACCGCGGUAAACCAUUCCAAUUCAAGAUUGGAAAAGGCCAGGUCAUCAAAGGGUGGGAUGAAGGCGUAGCCCAGAUGUCAAAGGGACAGAGAGCGAAGUUAACUUGCACAUCUGACUACGCUUAUGGGGCAGCAGGAUACCCACCUGUUAUUCCCAAAAAUGCUACCCUCAUUUUCGAUGUGGAACUGAUUAACUUCAAAUAAAAAGUACACUGAAAUUUUAGUUUGUUUGGGAAACCCCCCUCCCUAUAUCACGUGUUGCAUAUUUUAUACUAAUUUUCAUGACAUUAGUUCCAUAAUUUGUACGUCUUAAAUAAUACCAUCAUGUUGUUGAACAAAUACCUAUUCAAGAGUGAAAAAGUUUCUUUCUGGUGGCUCAAACUCAAUCCUGGUCAUUUUGUGUGAGAGCAUAACAAAUUUUUUUUAACAUAUUUUGAGUAUUUUCUUGAAAAAACCUUUUGCAUAACCCAUUGGCCCGAACUUUUUUCAAUAAAUUUCUCUCUUGCCACGUAUCACAACUUUGUUUCAGUUUAUCAUUCAAUCUUUAUUGGUAAGAUAGCCAACUGUGCGUGCAACUCGCACUUUUUUUACAGUCAGAGUAGAAAUAUUGUAUAGGCUACACGAAUAUGUGUUGCAGUAAUACUAAAUAACUAUGUCACUCACCUACAGUAAAACUACACUGAAAACAAAGUUUCAAAAAUUUUCUACCAAAACUGUAAUUUAGGUGAUAUGCAUUUUUCGAGUAUCUAAACUAAAUUGGCUUUAAAUUUCCAAUCUGGACAAGUAUGUACGUACCAAUGCCCAUUGUGGCAUGUGUGUGGCAAAGGGUUGAAUAGGCUGAACCACAAUGUGAACCUUAAUGGUAUUUUUCAUAACAAUUUUACAUGCAGUUGUAAUAAUGUUCGUUUUCUAGGCUAAUAGUACCUCUGUUUUCACUCUGUUCUGACUACUAUCGUAAAAAUAAUCCUUGAAAAUAGUACCUGAGGCACAGUUUUAUUGUGUCACAAUUAGUGUAAUGAUGUAAUAAUAAUUUGGUGGAUGUCAUAAUUGCUCAAUAAAUUUGAAUCUCAAAACUA